AAAAGAUAAAACCUUAUCGACAAUAGACUUCGGGAAUAGACCUCGUUGCUCGAAUUCGAUAUUAUACUUAGGUCGCAUUCACUAUUCGAUGUUUAUAUUAUCAUUGUAACGCAUGCGAUAAAUACGUCGCACAGUAAGUUAUUAAUGAAUUUAAAGGAUUGGAAAAGCUCGCUCGUACACCUGCCUCCAAACAGUCCAAACAAACAACUGCGGUGCUUGUAAACCACGACUGAGAUAGUCGGUGAUGUAAACAAACAAAUCUUCACGAGAAAAAAAAUUAAAAACGACUUAGAUAUAUACUGCAACUACCGUUUUGUAUUACGAACCCUUUCCAAAUGUCGGCAAUUGGUUACACGAGAGGAUUAUGUGACUUCUACCAGUGACAGAGACCACGACCUUAAUAUCCAAUUAUCCAUCAGUCAUCAACCAUCACCUACCUGCUGCAGACCGACUGCAAUUCCGAUUUUUUAGAACAGUUUCCACACACUUUUCCGUGCUCAUUUUUGACUACGUAGCUUCCGACAUGUCUAUAAACGAAUUCUUCGAUGGCUUAACAUCCUAUGACGAACGCAAUUUUUCUAGAUUCGUUUCAAAAAAUAGUGAAAGGAAGCCUUCACCAGUUUACAUAAAAACAAAAGACGAACCUUCCGAACAAAUUAUUGUUAAUGACAAUUCACAUCUGUUACUGCAGUAUUUACAUAAACAAUGGGAUAAAGAGAAUGGAUGUAAAAAAAGGGCAUUGGUUGAGGCAUUGGUUGAAACAAGUGAAGAAUCUGCCUCAACAUCUAGAAAACGACCAAGAUUAGAUACAGAUGUUACAUUGUUGAGGUCUGGCCUAUACCUCGAGGAUUGCUGGCAAAGUGACUUGUAUUAUAGAUGCUACGUAUGCUGUACAGUAGCAUUUGUGGACAAAUAUUGUAUUCAUAGGAUGAAAUAUCAAAAACGCAUUUUUAUGUAACAUGUAUAGGAUACAGUGAUUUUUUAUAGAUUAGUAUAAUAUUUAAUAGUUAUAUUGACUAGGUUAUGGUUAAUUAAAUACAGUAUUCUACAUGAAAAUAAUUUGUGAUUAUAAAAUCGUA